AGUUACCUUACCGCGUCUCUCCUCCUUCAUUCUAGUCGCCGAUUCCCGGCAACAUGUUUUGACGGCACGAAAAUCCCGUCGAAUCAUGCGGCGGUCCAAUAUUUGACAUCCUACCCUUCAUUGAACAAGCCGAUAAUUCUUUCUUCAUGGCUGAAUACCAGAUAAGAUAAACUUCUGGGUGGUCUCACUAAUUUUCUGGUGUCUCCAGAAUUUCAAAGGUUUACGGCUGAUUCAUUUGAUGCUGCACUCAUUUCUUUUGAUCUGCAAAUUGGGAGAAGUUUUGUAAAGGGUUGGUUUUUGAGUAUAAGCUAUUGAGUAAUAAUAGAUUUCUAACCAAAGUUCUCAAACUGAUGGACAGAAUACAUAGAUAGAGUUUGGUCGCGUGCAGAUACUGGAAUUUAUUUUUUGAGCAUAGGUGGCAUGCUAAGGAAUUGUGACAUAAUAUUGGUGUAUGCUUCUGCAGUUGAAGGCGCCUUCUCUUCUGAUAUGGUUAUGUUGGGAUACAUUAUAUGAAUUUCUAGGGAUGACGAAAGAAAUAAGUUUGAAUUGUUCGAUGCUGGAAGAUGAAAAGAAAGAGGAUGACUUCUGGAAAAUGAAUUCGAGGGACGGCGUGAAUGUGGGUGGUUCUAGAUUUAAACCAAGUGAUUCGCUUCUUCCUGGUCUUAUUGAUGAUGUUGCUCUAAAUUGUUUAGCAUGGGUUAGUAGAUCAGAUUAUGCCUCAUUAUCGUGUAUAAAUAAAAGGUACAAUAAGCUGAUUAAGAGUGGGUAUUUAUAUGGGUUAAGGAAACAGUUGGGAAUUGAGGAGAAGGACCAUUGGGUUUACUUGGUUUGUGAUCUUAGGGGAUGGGAGGCAUUUAACACUACCAAAAAGAAAUGGAUGGCAUUACCUAAGAUGCCUUGUGAUGAAUGUUUUAACCAUGCAGAUAAGGAGUCAUUGGCUGUGGACUGUGAACUGUUGGUUUUUGGUAGGGAAUUGCUAGAUUUUGCCAUUUGGAAGUAUAACCUGAUUUUCCAGAGUUGGGUAAAGUGUCAGGGGAUGAAUCGCCCUCGUUGUUUGUUUGGUUCUGGUAGUCUUGGUUCAAUUGCUAUUGUUGCAGGCGGAAGUGAUAAGAAUGGAAAUGUUCUAAAAUCAGCUGAGUUGUAUGACUCUGCUUCAGGUGUAUGGGGGCUGUUACCUAAUAUGCAUACACCACGGAGACUUUGCUCUGGCUUUUUUAUGGAUGGGAAAUUCUACGUGAUUGGUGGAAUGUCAAGUCCUGCUGUUUCAUUAACUUGUGGAGAGGAGUAUGAUCUGGAGAAAAGAACUUGGCGGAAAAUAGAGGGCAUGUACCCCUAUGUUAACAGGGCUGCUCAGGCGCCACCACUUGUGGCGGUUGUAGAUAACCAGUUAUAUGCAGUUGAGCAUGUAACCAACAUGGUGAAGAAAUAUGACAAGGAGAAGAAUACCUGGAAUGACUUGGGAAGGCUUCCGGUCCGGGCAGAUUCUUCAAAUGGCUGGGGCCUAGCUUUCAAGGCUUGUGGUAAGCAGAUUCUGAUUGUGGGCGGUCAAAGAGGUCCAGAAGGUGAAGCUGUUUUUCUGAACUCGUGGUGUCCUAAGUCAGGGGCUAGAAAUGGAACCUUAGAUUGGCAGGUUCUUGGCGUGAAGGAGCAUGUUGGAGUGUUUGUGUACAAUUGUGCUGUUAUGGGAUGUUGAUAUAUAUGGAUUGACACAACAGAAGCUAUUGGUAUCUACAAUCUGACUUUGCCUUGGAGGGUGCUUCCAUGUGCAUUCGUUUCAUUUAUCAAGUUGAAUUGUUGCUGGAGGUUGGCUUUAUUUAGUGGAGAAUUUGGUUUUUAUUUUUAACAUGGCUUUAAUUGGAUGUGUUCCUCACUUUGUCCUGAGAUCACUGAGUAGGUUUACAUCUACAUCUCCUGUCAUCUUUUUCUUUUCCUCUUCAGUCGUAGCCAUCUAUGUAAAAUAAUAAUUCAUGGAGUUUUGUCGUUUAAUGAUUGGAUGCUCAUUGUUUUUCGCUUCAUUCCUAUAAUCUCUCAAAAUUUAUGCCCAGUAGUCAUGUAUUGAAAAUUAUUCAUUUGGUAGUAUCCUACAGUUCAUAGUCCAAAUGGAAGGAGGCACGUGCCUUGGGUUUGACGCUUCAGUUAUUUGGUGUUUAAUUGCUGCAAUUGUAACUCUUUAUUGGCAUAUGUUAA